AUGGAUCUUCGGCAUAGCUUGCAAACUCUGGGUAUAGACGACCCAGCUGAGAUUACCCUCAACGAACUUGUGGAUAGAAUUCAAGACGUACACCCCGACCAAUUAUCCAAGCAGGACAUUCUCCAGGUAUUCAUGAGAUGGCUUCACGAACGAAUUAAAAAGGAUAUUCAACAGAAAUCUUUGUUGUCGGAAUUUGUCAACUUGCUUUUGACAGGCGGGAAGCUGCAACAGGAGCCGUUUAGUGAAGAUGAGAUCAAGGAAGCUCUCAAAGAAUGGCAAAUUAAGGAUACUGUGGAAACCCCUGCAAACAUACGCAGGUAUCAGAUGGUACAGCUAGAUUUUCAUGAGCUGUUUGAGCAGGUUCGACGUGGCACUAAGCAAAAGAGGGAUUCGCCCGUGAGAUCAACUUCAAAUCAGGACGAACACUCCUUGGCCUAUCUGAACAAACUGAUUAACUCUCAAGAUAAAGCUAAGAUUGAAACAACGGAAUCGACAGCCCUGUGGGUACCUGGCCAGGGAAAGCAACAGACAGGUGCGAACAAAAUUCCUCUGGGGCGAAAGGCCGACCUACAGGGCAACAUCUAUGACGAGAUCGUCAAAAUCAAGAGAGAGAACAAUAGGAAGAGUUCGACCAAGGCCAUUAAAGCAUCACCCGCGGAACAAACAGCAAAGUUGAGUUCGAGGGACGUAGCUUCAACGGAGGCUAGCCCAAUCAAGAGUUACGAGCCCGACUAUUCUCCGCUGAAUAUGCCUCCGUAUUUAACUACAUCUCCCUGGCACGGGUAUAUUUGCAAGCGUUGCGAUCAGCCAGGACACUGGAUUCAGCUUUGUCCUACUAAAUUGGAUCCAAGAUGGGACAAGCCACCUCCACAUGAUUACCAAUGUGGAAUCUGCAAAGCAUUUGGCAAGCAUUUUGCAACGUUGUGCCCUCAAAAUGAGUAUGAGCUCUCAUUAACGCAACAGCGCCUCCGUAUCAAAGAUCAACCAAAGACGCCUACGCGGGAACAUACCCAUUACCGAGACCGUUCUCCUUUCAUGCCAUCUCCCCGAGGCCGCUCCGGAAGUCCUGUGUACAAUUCACGACGCAAAAAUCAUGGUACUUAUAGACAAGACAAAAGCCCGAAGGAUCGAUCUUAUAAUUCAGGCGGCCGAUACCAAUCACAUGACGACCGUAGAAGUGUCUCGCCUUGGACAGCACGUAAGCGUAUGACUCGAGGGUUAUAUCAUCUAAGAAGGCGUUCGACCACCCCGCCUCGCGAGCAUCGAAAGCGAGCCAAAGCCCCUCCUCUCGAAGAACGGCGCCCGGUUUUGUAUUUAUACAAUAACAAGAAAAAGGCGGAUGAGGGAAGACUUGGAUACUAUGAUGAAGAAUUUAUAGGCUCGCAUAUUUCUCCGGCAACGCCAAAGGAAACAUCCCUUCCCGAGAAUCGCCUCUUAGAUACGGUUGAAAGUAAGAAUGAACUGAUGGCGGACACAGCAUCAGCCCCUGAAGGCACGGCUGAAGAGAUUGAGAGAACUAGAAAAGAAGCAGACAAAUUCCUCGACGCUCUCGCGGUUGAAAUUCUUUUAGGCAAAACGCAAGCUUCUCUUCUUACAAACGAUAUGCCUAGCAACGAUUCUACAUAUCAAGUAGACGAGAUGAAUAUCGACGAAAGUGAGGAAGAAAAUGGUGGUCUUAGUAAGGAUAAACUUGCCCCGACGAAGAUCGCAGACCAGCACCUCCAGAGACUACCGCUCCGACCCAAAGCUACCCCCUUCUCUAGUAGCCGUACGAUUCCGAUAAUUCAUAACAAGGCAAACAGAGAACCCGCCGAGGAGCUGAUCGAGGAGGCCUAA